GCCCGCCCGCCCGCCGCCCGCCCGCCGCCCGCGCGUCCGACGCGGGGGCUGCCGCCGUGUCUGCGUCCGCCAUGCGUCCCGGGGCGCCGGGGCCACUGUGGCCGCUGCCCUGGGGGGCCCUAGCGUGGGCCGUGGGCUUCGUUGGCUCCGUGGGCUCUGGGGACCCCGCGCCCGGUGGUGUCUGCUGGCUCCAGCAGGGCAGAGAGGCCACCUGCAGCCUGGUGCUGAGAACGGACGUGAGCCAGGCUGAGUGCUGUGCGUCUGGUAACAUCGACACCGCCUGGUCCAACUUCACGCACCCAGGGAACAAGAUCAGCCUCCUGGGCUUCCUGGGCCUUGUCCACUGCCUCCCCUGCAAAGAUUCGUGCGAGGGCGUGGAGUGCGGCCCAGGCAAGGCCUGCCGCAUGCUGGGGGGCCGUCCGCGCUGCGAGUGCGCGCCCGACUGUUCGGAGCUCCCAGCGCGCCUUCAGGUCUGCGGCUCGGACGGCGCCACCUACCGCGACGAGUGCGAAUUGCGCGCCGCGCGCUGCCGCGCCCACCCAGACCUGCGCGUCAUGUACCGGGGCCGCUGCCGCAAAUCGUGCGCGCACGUUGUGUGCCUGCGGCCGCAGUCAUGCGUGGUGGACCAGACUGGCAGCGCGCACUGCGUCGUGUGCCGCGCGGCGCCCUGCCCCGCGCCCUCCAGCCCCGGCCAGGAGCUCUGUGGCAACAACAACGUCACCUACAUGUCCUCGUGCCACCUCCGCCAGGCCACCUGCUUCCUGGGCCGCUCCAUUGGCGUGCGCCACCCGGGCAGUUGUGCAGGCACCCUCGAGCCGCUAGAUGCUGAGUCGGAGGAGGAGGAGGAGGAGGAAGAGGAGGAGGAGGAGGAGGAGGAGAACUUUGUGUGAGCCUGAGGGACCGGCCUGGGCCUGGCGUUCAGGGCAGCCCCGUUUUAUUUAUUGCCACAGCGGAGUCUAAUUUAUGUCCCACGGACACUCCUCAGAGCCUGAACCGGGACCAUUUUGGGAGCCCUGUUGCCCGCCCCCGGCGAUAUCUUGGAAGGAGGCCUGGGAGCAGGGCUGGUGGGUGGGGUGCCACCCCAGGCCUAGGUACCCUGCUGCCCAGGAGGACCCCACGCUUCUGCUUCUUCGGGGAUAACUCUAUUACUUGUCGCUGCCACCGAGAGGGCUGGAGAUUUCCUGCCAGCAAUUAAUGAAGAGGCACCCUGGCCUCUAUUGAUAGAACAGGGACCAGGGGGUGAGAGGGGGUCUACGGCCUGCGUGUGUAUAGAUGAGCGUCAGAACAUGCCCAGACCCUAGACAGGCCAAGGAAGCAACCACUGUCCCCCACCAGCCCCAGGGUAACCAAGGGGCUUACCUUCCCUCUCCCUCCAGCUCCCAGUGUGUUCUGUGAAGACCCCUGAGAAAAGCCCAGCUUGUCCCCAGGGACAGGGUGCCAUCUGGGCCUCUGGACACAGGACUUGGGCAUGGCGAGGUCGUAUCUGCCCAGAACAGGGCACCUUGUCCAGUGGUGCCCGGUCCACUUAGGGUGGGACCCGGUGGGGUCCCUGCUCACCCACUGGCCCAGGAUGGAGUAUAGACACCAAGACCCACUGCACACCUGGCAUCCUGGAGCCGUGUGUUUGAGGGGCACCCCAGUGCCUACUGCCCCGUGCACAGGUGAGGUCCAGACCCGGGACCCUCUGUCCCCCGCAUCCUGCCCUGGCCACGCCUCUAAGCCCAGUUCCCAGCUGAACCCUCCCUGCCUGCCAGCUGGGUUCCCUCCAUCUUCCUGGCCUGUUGCUCUUUGUCACCUCCUUGUGCCUGUGUGUAGACUGGAGGUUCAGACUGGGGUGGGGGCCCAGCGGGGCAGGAGCCCAGCUCCCCGAGUUUGGAGCAAGGAGCACAGGCCAGUGGGGCUCGUCCGUGUCCUUCCCAGCCUCCAGGAAGUGCCUUACCUGUGACACCUGGAAAAGUGCCCUUGAGCAGUGGGUUCGCCCGAGCCCCCGACAAGGCAACCUCCCCCGCCCUGGGGUCCUGCCUCGCCUGCCAAAGAAAUAAACACUGAAAAAGCCA